UUUUCACAAUUUUUGCGAACGGCGGCUUUUUUCACAACCGAAAAGUGAAAUUUUUUGUAAAACGUAGAAAAAUUCAAUUUAAACGAUUUAUAGUGCAUCCUAAAGAAAUAUAAAAUAAUUUUUGAAAGCAUUUAAUUAAUCGUGAAUAGCAAAUUUGUUCAAUUUCGUUGCAGCUGCAUUAAUAUCAAAUAUCAUGCAUCAAUAGUGAAGGCGUGAGCAUCAAGAGAAAUUGUCUUGUUCGGGUGGUCUUCCGUAAAUGGCUAUAGAGAUUUUGAGUUCCAAUACGGCGCAUAACAUUCGCGUUCAGUUUGAUGAUGUACAUUGAACAUACACCUUUGGAAGAUAAUCUGCAAUUUUUCUUGAAGAAUCAUAUUCCCGCCAGUGACGCCAACUCAAUUCUGGCGCAUGUACGCGACGUUGAAGAGACCGCUUCCACACAACUGCAAUCGCAGGCGCAAGCUGAAAUUGCUAACGCUGCCUACGCCGGUUACACCGGACGCUUAAAUCUACUCCGUUUGGGAUCCGCUGCUAAAACCAAGUUCCAUAACAGCGCCGAUCCGGAUACAAAAAGUUACUUAGCUAGGAAAAAAGUGUCUCCGUUAGGCGUAAUAAACCGUAACGCUGUGCCGCCAAAACUCAACGGAAUCGAUAAUAUACCAUAUGAAGAGGUGGGGGAAGAGGAAGAAAAUUAUGAACUAAUCGAUAUUGUGAAUGAUCAAGAGGAAAGAAUCAGUAGGGAAUCCAACGAAGCAACACAAGAAACCGAAGGAAAGGCUGAGGGAAAAAGCCAAACGCCUGACGCUGACAAAAUUGUAAUACAAAUAGAAGACGAGGAAGACAAUUACGAGUAUUUUGUGCAACCAGCACCUAGCCAGCGAAAAAAUAGCCAAAAUAAAUUAUCCAAUCCAGUCUUUGGCCACCGUCGGCAGCUGAACAGUGAACCUCACCAAUCUCGUACGCGCCCCUUACGUCCAGUACCGGCAGCUAUACCAAUUAAAACUUGGCUACCUAAUUUGGAAUUACCGCCACUAGAACUGAUACCACCGCAACCAUCACGCAAACGAUUACUGAAUGGUUACUUACCGCUUCAGUUAGAGCGCAGUGACAGUGCAGAAAGUAUAACGAGCAAUUAUUAUUUGACUGAAGGCGGUAUAGAUUUAGCGGAUCAUAGUCACUUGAACGGGAACCGAAAAUCGGAGGAAAACGAAGAAGAAGAAGCAUAUAUAGAAUACGAGUACUAUACCCAGCCGGAAAAUAUACCGGGCCGUGUAAACAACUCACAGAUGGGUAUCGAUAUAUUCAACAGAAUACGUCGUCUGUUGAAUUUACACUCGGAUUCCACAGACAAUACACAAGGAGAAGAAUCUCGUAAAAGAUCGGGGAACUUUACCACAGAUGUCAAUCCACAUCCAAUAAAAUACAAAAAAGUACACAAUCGUUUUCCUAAAAUCAUAACCCACAAACUGGAUGAUGGCGACUUUGAUGUGAUCUCUACGUUUCCUAAGCACGAGAAGCAAAUGUUGGCAUGCAAGUCACCUAGCUCCGCUUCAAAGCAUUCAGUAGAGAUGACACAACGCAAGUCUUUACACUCCAUUGAAAAACCGAAGUACCGUAAGUCCAUGUUUACCGCGCCUUCGGUGACACAUCGUUUGGUAAAGAACACAUCCUACGCUGAUAUAGAAUUUUCCGAUGAUGAUGAACCGCAGUUGGUAAAAGGUUUUGGCGUUGGAGGUGCAAGUGGGUCUGGCUUGAGUGAUGGACGUGCUGUUAAAAAAGUACCGCGCAUGUUUAAUAUUCCCAUCAUGCGUGAGAGUGAGACUGCCAGGACGACGGUUUCGAAACCGCCACCUCCACUUAUUGAGCCACGCACUGGCAGCAUUCUAGCGACAUCACUUCUGCCUGAAGUUGAUUUAACAAAACGUAAACCUUUAUCCUACUCUGAUGUCUUGCGACAGAACUUACAAAUGCCCAGCAGUGGUGGGCACGUCUUGGGCAGACGUUCGGGCAGUUCACUCUCAUCUUCGGGAGCAACAUCUGGUUCCAAUUGUGGACUGAACAUUUUUGGAAAUAUUCGCUCUAAUAUGUGGUCUACUAAUGCGCGUUCCAUCCUAACACAAGAGAAAGAAACCGAAGAGCAUGAAAAGUAUCAACAGCUACUGGAGCAGGUGGUACCUUGUCUCUAUGGUGCGUCAGAGGGCUCGAAUGUGCGUUCCUUAGCAAAACCAUCAUUCAGUUUCGAUGUGCCACAACGUCGUGGUGCCCUGCAUGCCAACAGCAGCAACCAGAAACCGUUAACUAAUCAACGAAAGACACUUAAUCUACAAAGUAGCUAUGCACGCGCACUGAAAAGACCACCGCUCUCGUCCACCAUCAAUUUGGAUGACGAUGAUGAGGAGAAUAAUGAGGAUGUAACAUUCGUAAGUGUAAAGCAACAGCGUCCAGUGCGUAAGGGUCUACCAACCGUUAUUAUCGAUGAUGAGGAUGAGAUAAGUGAAAUAAUCGAUUUGGAUGACGAUGAAAGACAAGUGGUUUCGGCAUGCACAAAGUUAAAAGAGCAAAACGGUUGUGACACUUCUUCAGGCAUAAAAGAUAAGAAAAAGUGUGUUACACGCCUACCCUACGUUGAACCAGUUAAUACGUUGCAAGAACGCUUCAAUACUUCACCACAUUUGAAAGCUAAUUGGCUGGAGGCAUUGCAAUCGAAAUGGAAUGAAAAGAAGAAGAAUCGUCUGCAAGAGGUCAAUGAUACGGUGAAUGUGGUGGAGAAGUUGACAUCCGAAAGACGAGCAGCUGAAUUGGAAAUGCAUGAACGUCUACGCAAAAUUCAAAUCGUUGACCCUGAUUUGCUAGUUAUUGAUGAUUUCCCAGAACCCGAGAUCGAGGAAGAGCCUGAAUUUAUAGAACUAACACCAGAAUAUCAAGCUCGAAUAAAAGAGGCAAUUGUAGGACCACCCGAUCAGGUUCUUGUUUCCAAAUUCAAUUUAAACAUUACUCGCCGGGAUAUACACACUCUGCUCGGGCAUAACUGGCUCAAUGAUGAAGUUAUUAACUUCUAUAUGAACCUGCUCACCGAGCGUGGUGAGACACGGCAUGAGUCGCACGGCUUACCCACUGUCUAUGCAAUGAACACCUUCUUUGUGCCACGCUUGUUAUCGGCUGGCCACAGCGGCGUAAAGCGAUGGACACGCAAAGUGAACAUAUUCGCCAAAGAUAUAAUUCCGGUGCCGGUGCAUGUUGGCGGUGUGCAUUGGUGUAUGGCUAUUAUACAUCUAAAGAAUCGCACUAUCAAAUACUAUGACUCAAUGGGCACACCAAAUCCUAGUGUACUGAAAGCACUCGAGCAAUAUCUUAAGGAUGAAUCGUUGGAUAAGCGAAAGCAACCCUACGACACCAGCAGCUUUGAAAUUGAGUCGGUGCGAGAGGUACCGCGACAAAUGAAUGGCAGUGAUUGUGGUGUAUUCAGCUGUAUGUUUGCCGAGUAUAUAACACGAAACCGUGAAAUAACAUUUUCGCAACAGCACAUGGAGUAUUUCCGUCACAAAAUGAUAUUAGAAAUUGUGCGUGGCGAAUUGUUGCAGUAAUGGGAAAGAAUAAGAUCUAAUUGAAAAUAUAUUCGAACGUUGGUAAAAGCAGCCUAUUAGAAAUCUGGUGUGUGAUAGAUGAACGAAAAAAUAUACAAAUGUCCAUACAUGUUUUGAAUAAACCUGAAAUGGUUGCUGAUUUGUGCCAAGCGCACAUUCCAAAAAUCAGCUGCAAUUAAAUAAAUUGGUUCGUUAUAGACAUAUUUAUGUAAUUGUUUUGAAUGAGAUGUACAAAAUUUAAUAUUUCCGCUGCCUUCAGUAGCAUCCCAGCGCCACUAAUUUACUAUCCGAUUGCUGUCGAAUAUCGAACCAAGCGUUACGAUAUUUUUCCGUCAUUAAAUAAAGAUCAACCAAGCAGUUUACAUUAAAUGGAAGUUUCGCGCAAUAAUUGCAUUACUAUACUACAUAAUUAAAUGCCUAGAUUAAAAUUUGCAAAUACAAUAUAAAAUGCAAACAAGUAUAAUUAUAAUUUAAUGCUCAAUUUAAGUUUUUGUGGAUACUUUUUUAUGCAAAAUAUUGAAUUUCUAAUUUAUGUCAUGCGUGUGUUACUGUAACUAAUGCUAUUUAAAUUAGCCACAUCGUUCAUUUCCACAUUGCGUAACAAAAUUAUCAAAGAAGCAGUGGUGAAAACACAAUCACGUUUUGUUUUUUAAACUAAUUUUCAAUUAAAAGCAAGAAACAAAAAAGAAACAGUGCUUGGGCCACAUAAUAAUUUCAAAUGGCAACCAAACUACUGCAUAAUUAAUUUAUCUGUCUACUAUAAGCCGUCUACAGUUAUAAGGUAGCAUUUCUGAAUUACUUACAUACGUAUAGUUUAUAAUAUGAAUUUGUAUGUCACUGAUAAAGAGAAUAAAUAGUAUAGAAAAAGUA